CCGGCUCUCUCCUCUGGAAGCCCCAAGGGCCAAAUUCCAUGCCCCCAUGGCGAAAAGCUCCCACCUUUUCCUCCCCACGCCUCUUUAUUUCCCACCUCCCCUCGUCUCUCCGUCUCUUCGCCCCACUGGCCUCGGCCUGCCCCUCCUCCAAGUCCACCCAUUCGCCUCGAUCGGCGCCGCCGGGUUCUCCAGCCUCCCUCCAGUCCCGCGAUCCCAGAGGACAUUUAAUUGCGUGAUAUGAAGUCUGUUUGCGGAUUCUUUUUUAUGCAUAAGCUGCAGUGCACAUGAUUUUUGCCCGUAGUGCUGCAACAUCACCGUUUCUCGUUUGGGACCAGUAAGCCUAAUGCUCAUGGACAGAGCUGAUACUUCAGGCUUUCUCGGUAGUGGCUCGCAUUGCAAGAACAUUGACGUGUACUUCCAUUUUGUGUACACUAUAUACUUUCUCGGUGGUGAAGUUGUUAAACUGGGGUUCUGAUUGGUCAGCAGAAGCUAUCGGCCACUGGGCAGCGCUCAAGUCAUUUUCUGUCCUAAUCCUACCUUAUAUAUAUUAUCUGGGAUGGACCUUACUAUGACAAAUCUUUGUGUUCGUGGGAAGGAACACAUAGCUGCUUCAUUCUCUCAAGUUGAACCCGCUGCCGCAAAUUGCAGGAGUGAAGCCCUAGAUGUAGCAUCAGUUAAAGUUGGUUGCCUCGGGAGCUCGGAAGCAGCUGAGACUUCUAGAAAAUCAUUCGAGCAGAGAAGUCGAAGUUUCCCUGUUCCUGAUGAUGACUGCAGGCUGGUCCUAGGACUUGGACCAAUGCCAAAUCUGUAUUCUGCUGACAGUCAAUCAUCUGGUGGGAACAGAGUUAAAUUAUCUGAAACUUUGUUCACUCCACAUUGUACCGCAAGUGAUUCUGGAUUAGUGUUGGCGGCUUCAAGAGGCAGCUCAAGAAAUUUGCAGUCCACGAUAGUGCCUGGCCGCAAGGAGCAUUCACAUAAAAGGAAAAAUGGUAUUGUGUUCCCACUUAUUGAUGAGGGAUCAACUUCAGCCAAAAGGAGAUCAGGUGAUUAUGAGCUGUCACCUCAGUUUGCUCCAAGAUCAGAUGUUCUUUUUAUUGAUAGAACAACGGCAGAGCCUGAUGUCCAGCAACACCUUGGAACCGGAUAUGAGGCCGAUCGUGAUUUAUCUCUUGAUCAGCACGGGGUCGAGCUUAGCCCCGAGCCUUCAGCAACAACUGGUUGUUCUUUUGCUGCAACGUCAGACACACUAGAUAGCACUGAUAACGGGGAGCAGAAAAAUCAUCAGCGCCAUCUCAAGAAGUGUAGGUUCAAUGGGUGUUCCAAGGGCGGAAGGGGUGCAUCAGGACUCUGCAUUUCCCAUGGCGGCGGUCACCGGUGCCAGAAGCCAGGUUGCAACAAAGGGGCCGAGAGCCGAACGGCGUACUGCAAAUCUCACGGAGGAGGAAAGCGGUGCCAAGAGCUAGGCUGCACCAAAAGCGCCGAGGGGAAGACAGAGUUCUGCAUCGCCCACGGCGGCGGGCACCGGUGCGGGGUUCAGGAGUGCUCCAAAGCAGCACGGGGAAGAUCAGGGCUUUGCAUAAAACACGGCGGUGGGAAGAGGUGCAUGACGGAGGGCUGCACCCGGAGCGCCGAAGGGUAUCCCGGGGUGUGCAUCGCGCACGGAGGUGGUCGCCGGUGUCAGUUCCCGGACUGCAGCAAGGGAGCACAGGGAGGCACCCUGUUCUGCAAGUCCCAUGGCGGAGGCAAACGGUGCGUAUCCGAAGGUUGCACCAAAGGGGCCGAGGGCAGCACGUUGCUGUGCAAAGGGCAUGGCGGUGGGAAGAGGUGCCUCUUCGAGGGAGACGCGGCGUGUCCUAAGAGUGUUCACGGCGGGACCAGCUUCUGCGUGGUGCACGGAGGGGGCAAGCGCUGCGCCGCGCCAGGGUGCACCAAGAGCGCCCGCGGUCGCACCGAUUGCUGCGUCAGGCAUGGCGGUGGCAAGCGCUGUAAAUCUGAUGGGUGCGACAAGAGCGCGCAGGGGAGCACCGACUUCUGCAAGGCGCACGGCGGUGGCAAGCGGUGCGCCUGGAGCGCCGGCUGUGAGAAGUUUGCCAGGGGGAGGAGCGGUCUAUGCUCUGCUCAUGGAAACCUGACGGCCUCAAAGCAGGGCCUAAGCAUGGUCGGGCCUGGCCUCUUCAGCGGGAUCGUCGUCUCUUCUUCCUCGACGGUGGGCAGCGGCAUGGACCGUGUGAUCUCUUCUUCUCUCCCCGGCGCCUCGUCAGAUUGCUGCGGCGAGUCGUUGGAACACUUGCAGAGUGGCAGGCUCAUACCGCCACAGCUGCUGGUUCCUGGCUCCCUGCAGAAACCAUCGUCUUCGUUUAACCCGGCGGGCAAUGGCCAAGAAGAAGAAGGUGGCGGUAUCCGGAACCAGAGCUUCGGGUUCGUCGUGCCGGAGGGAAGGGUGCACGGCGGAGGGCUCAUGUCGAUGCUCCGAGCAGGACACCUGGGAAGCAACAUCAACAACCCGGAAUCCUGAAAAUAGCACAUCUUCUGUGUGUGCUUUAAGGGAGCUUCAGUGUACUUGCUGUAUUAUAUGAUUCUGAGGGAGUAGUAAAUACUGUGAGCGUGUAGUCCUUGUGUACAGAGCUUCAGUGUACUUGUUCAGCUGUAUUUCAUUUGAACUGCUCCAUAAACGAAAUUGCAUUAUCAUAAACGAAAUUACAGUCGUUGAAAUUC